GAACUAUCCAUCGCCGUUAAAUAUUUAUAUAAGAACAGUGCAUCGAGGUUGAAAGAAGACAAAAUAGAGUCAAAUACACAGAAGAGUCUUCCCGCAGUGUAUACCGAACAUUAUGACUUCAAUUAUGGCCACGUCAACUCAACAUGCUAUCUUCGUGAAGGAUAUCGGCAAGCCCUUGGUGUACGGGGAACGUCCCAUCCCGGAACCCCCAAAGGGCUACAUUCUAAUCAAAGUAUUAUCUACAAUGCUUCUACCUCAUGACACGUACGGACGCGACCAAGGUCUUUUUAUAGGCGAACGACUACCCUACAUUUUAGGCACCAAUAUCGCUGGCGUAGUCGAAAAGCUGGGUGACGAUGUGACGUCUUUUAAAAUCGGGGACCAUGUCUUUGGUCAAGGAAACCCUGUUUAUCCCACUCCGGAUUCAGCGGGAUUGCAAGAAUACGCCAUUCUUGAUUCCGAAGCAGCAGCAAAGAUUCCCGAAGGGGUUGAAAUAGAUGACGCGGUGUCAUUCCCAGUUAAUGCAACGACAUCGUUUGAGGCACUGUUCCACCCGGAGAAUGGAUUCGGCUUCCCCCUGCCUUUCACAGAUACUUCCAUAUUCCCAAGAGCGAACAAAAAUAUCGACCCUGCCACUCAAACGGUUGUGAUCAUUGGUGGAGGGUCGAAUGUUGGCAAGCUGGCCAUUCAAUUUGCCAAUAUCGCGAGAAUCGGACGUAUUAUCACUGUGGCUUCAAUUCGAAAUAAAACUUCUCUUCUUUCUCUAGGUGCAACCCAUAUUAUUGACCGACACGACACACCAGAGUCGAUCGCAAAGCAGAUUCAUGACAUAGUACAGAGGGAAAACAUCACGCACGUAUAUGACUGCGUGUCGUGGGAAUUCUCUUUGGCAUUGUCAAUCGUCUCCAAGACCGAUGCAUCGAAGAUUCUCACCCUUCAUCCGGCUAAGAGCGGCGUUGCUCUCGCCCAAGAACAAGGCUUUGAUAAGUGCCAAGUACAGUUUGUCGCUGGCGGUAAUGAGUUCUUGAGACCUCUGUUGAAGCCUUUUUGGAAGUACCUUCCACUUUGGGUCAAGGAGGGCAAGAUUGUGAUUCCAAAAUAUCGUGUAAUUGAAGGAUUUGAUCUGGAGCUGAUAGAGUCGGCAUUGGACGAUUAUAGAGAUGGUAGCCCUGUACUGCCAGCGGUUGUUCAUCCUCAGGCUAGAAAAUAGUCUCAAUGCAGGCACCUAUAUACGGC